AUGUUGACUGAGCUGAGUCUCAGCUUGGGGUCUUUGAGCAGCUGCCAAAGACAGGGCACAGCUCCGCCCCAGGGGUGGAAUAAUGGCAGGCUCGCCGGCAGACUCAGCGAUUGGCCGGGGCUGCUUGUCACUCGCAGGAGCCCGAUCUGUGUCAGUGAAGAGGGCGAGAGAUUUACUCACAAAAAGCCACAUAGUGACUUUGCUGGUGAAGCCAUUCAAGUCGCAAGUGCUGCUGCAGGAGCUGGAGGUGAGCAGCCAGUCCAUCAUCAUCUGUCAGCGCUUGGGUGGCGGCAGCUGGGUGACAACAGCGAAUACGAAAUUGUGACUCCAUAUGAAGCUGACAGCAGUGGUGAUUAUAUAUCUCUCUCCGUAAUCCAUCAACAGAGAAAGAAGCGAUCAGUUCAUAAUGUUGGUGAUGAAUCUCUCUACUUCAAACUCAGUGGGUUUGGCCAGGACUUUCAUUUGGAGCUAAGAACUUCCAAGGACCUAACGCCUCCUGGAUUUACAGUUCAGACUUUAGGAAAACAAGGCUUAAAAUCUGUAGAGCAUUAUCACCCAGAGGAGCUGUGCUUCUAUCAAGGUGCUUUAAUAUCACAUAACAAAUCUUCAGUGGCACUUUCUACAUGCAAAGGCUUGUCAGGUUUGAUCAGGACAGAAGAAGCUGAUUACAUUUUGACACCUCUACCUCAGCACCUUGCACUUAAGCACAAUUACACAGCACCUAAAGGGCACCAUCCACAUGUCCUCUAUAAGAGAUCUGCAGAGCCAAAAGUGCACCAUCAAAAUAACGAGGUAACCAUAAAUCAAAGGUCUAUGGGAAUUGGAUAUUAUGAUCAUAAGUAUCGACACCAACACCGACGUCGUAAUGACUACAAGCAUGGACAACUUCAAAAGCAACACUACUGCGGAAGACGCAAGAAAUAUAUGCCAAAACCCCCAGAAACAGACAUGUAUAUUCUCCCAGAUGAGUAUCGGUUCUUACCCAGGAACAAGCGGUCCUUGUUCAAGAUGCGGAAGAAUGAAAAGCUUAAUGUGGAAACUUUAGUUGUGGUGGACAAGAAGAUGAUUGAAAACCAUGGCAGUGAAAACAUAACUACUUAUGUGUUAACUAUACUAAAUAUGGUGUCCACUCUGUUUAAGGAUGGCACGAUAGGAGGAAACAUAAAUAUUGUAAUCGUUGGGAUUGUCCUGCUUGAAGAAGAUCAGCCAGGUCUUUUAAUAAACCAUCAUGCAGAUCGCACUUUGAACAGCUUCUGUCAGUGGCAGUCGGGAUUGGUGGGCAAAGAUGGUAAUCGUCAUGAUCAUGCCAUUCUGCUGACAGGCCUUGACAUUUGUUCUUGGAAGAAUGAGCCUUGUGAUACUUUAGGUGAACUCAUUAAAUGUUCACUUCUUUUUUUUAAUUUUAACCUAAACUUACCACUUCCUUCCAGCUUUGGUAUGAUUCAUGAUGGAGAAGGAAAUGUAUGCAAGAAAUCCGAGGGUAAUAUCAUGUCACCAACACUUGCAGGGCACAAUGGGGUCUUCUCGUGGUCAGCCUGCAGCCGGCAAUAUCUCUAUAAGUUUCUGAGCACGUCCCAGGCAACUUGUCUUGUUGAUGAACCAAAGCCAGCAAAUGAGUACAGAUACCCUGAUAAGCUGCCAGGAGAACUCUAUGAUGCCGACACUCAAUGCAAGUGGCAGUUUGGGGUGAAGGCCAAACUCUGCAGGCUGGAUUUUAAAAAGGAUAUCUGUAAAGCACUUUGGUGCCAUAGAGUUGGCCGAAGAUGUGAAACAAAGUUCAUGCCAGCUGCUGAGGGCACUGUUUGUGGGCUCAACCGGUGGUGUCGCCGUGGGCAAUGUGUGAAACAUGGAGAUUCAGGGCCAAAGCCUAUAAAUGGUCGUUGGUCAAGCUGGUCAAUGUGGUCACCUUGUUCGAGGACCUGUGGAGGAGGAGUAACAAACCGAGAACGUCAGUGUACAAACCCAAGGCCACAGUAUGGAGGAAAGUUCUGUGAUGGUACUCAUCGUACAUACAAGCUUUGCAAUAAUCAAAAAUGCCCUAAAAAUAGCAUUGAUUUUAGAUCACAGCAGUGUGCUGAAUACAACAGCAAGCCAUUCCGAGGGUGGUACUACAACUGGAAGCCAUAUGUUCAUGUUGAAGACCAUGAUCUUUGCAAACUGUACUGUGCGGCUGAAGAUUUUGACUUCUUCUUUGCUCUUUCAAGUAAAGUCAAAGAUGGAACACCAUGCUCCGAGGAAAGAGCUGAUGUGUGCAUUGAUGGUGUAUGUGAGGCAGUUGGAUGCGACCGUGUACUGGGUUCUAAUGCUGUGCCUGAUGCAUGUGGGGUCUGCAAAGGAAACAACUCAACCUGUAAAAUCUAUAAGGGCCAAUACAGCAAACAGCACUACGUCAACCAAUACUACACAGUCGUUGUUAUUCCUGCAGGGGCGCGUAGCAUUCGUGUAUAUGAGGUAAACAUCUCCAACGCUUAUAUUGCUGUUCGAAACCAACAGCAAAAAUAUUAUCUCAAUGGCCAUUGGACAUUGGAUUGGCCUGGACGGCACAGAUUUUCUGGCACAAUAUUUGAUUACAAAAGGCCCUUCAAUCACCAGGAAAGCCUUUCAGCCAUGGGCCCUACGAAUGAAACACUGGUGAUAGAGAUACUACUUCAGGGCAAAAAUCCAGGGAUUGGAUGGGAAUAUGCCUUGCCAAAAUCAUCGACUGAAAAUAAAACAGCUCCGAAACACAAUUACACAUGGGCUAUUGUUCGCUCUGAAUGCUCAGCAUCUUGUGGAGGAGGUCGGAUGGCAACAAAAGUAGCAUGUUACCGUGAUCUUCGUGCUCAGGUAAACCUCUCUUUCUGCAAUCCAUGGAGUCGACCAGCCACUGGCGUCAUCUCUUGCAAUGUACAGGCAUGCCCUGCAAGCUGGGCUGUUGGUGACUGGGGAGAAUGUAGCCAAGCGUGUGGAAGAGGUGAACAGCUAAGACAAGUCCGCUGCACUCGAAGAGUCGCUUACAAUAAGCUAGAAGAUGUGCAUCAUGCAUUGUGUCCAUAUCCAAUGCCAGUCCGAAAGCAAGCAUGCAAUAUUCAUAACUGUCCACCUGCAUGGAGUGUGGGAGCUUGGUCUGAGUGUUCCCGAACAUGUGGAAAAGGGUGGAAAAAGAGGACUGUUGUUUGCAAGAGUACAAAUCCGACUCCCAGAUCUCAGAUCCUACAUGGAAGUGCUUGCAAGGCCAAAGAAAAACCUAAAACCCAGGAAACCUGCUUGUUGAAACGCUGUCAUAAACAUCGCAAAAUGCAGUGGUUUAUAUCCACAUGGGCCGAGUGUUCUGUAACCUGUGGUAAAGGGAUUCAGAAGAGACAUUUAAAGUGUGCAAACAAAGAGAACUCUGGAAAAUACAAAGAAUUUGCUUACAAAAGAUGUAAUCACUUGCCAAGACCUAACUUGGAGCUGGAAAGAACAUGCAUUCUAAGUGCAUGUCCAAAACCACCAAGUGAAAGAGGUUUCAGCAAUGCACUAGCAAGCUGGUAUGCCUCACCUUGGUCACAGUGCUCUGUUAGCUGUGGAGGAGGGGUGCGAGCCCGUGCAGUUCAGUGUCUUGCAUACGGCCGACCUACCUCAGGGUGCCUACUGCAUCAAAAACCUCUCGCUACAGAAGCUUGCAAUACCAAUUUCUGUCCUCUGCCUGAAAAGAAAGAUGUCUUUUGCAAAGAUUAUUUCAACUGGUGCUACCUGGUACCCCAGCAUGGUGUUUGCGGUCAUAAGUUCUACGGCCAGCAGUGUUGCAAGUCGUGCUCCACGUCAAAUGUAUAGAAGAACCAAUAAACGAACAAAAUGCAUUAAUUUCUUUAUAAGGAAGCUGCACAUUGUAAUUUUGGUUGCAUCUGAUGAUUGAAGAGGUAAAGACUAAUCAGGUUCUGACUUGUAUGUGAAACCUAGCAGCAUUCCACCUGUCAAUCAAUGUGAUAAAAGAGAGCUUUUCUUGCAUAUAUUACUAUCACCAGAUCAGCAAAACCUUUGCAGCACUGCCCAUAUUUGAGUGUUUCGGUCCGCAAGCAACAAUCAACAAUGUACCUACAAUACCAUGUACUUAAGUGCAAGAUUGAAAAAUAUACCAGUUUUUCAAAGGAGGUGUUAUAUGUUAUUGACCUACACAAUCUGGCUAUGUGAACUGAACUGAGCAAAGAUUUUGAAAACCAGAAGGCAUUCAAAAUACUGUGUAAACAAAAGUCGAGGGGGGUUGGGGAAAGUGUGGGAGGAAUCUGAAUUGAACUUUCUCAACCCAUUUAUUUACCUCAUUUAAAUAAAUUGAUGACCAUUAAAUAAAACACACUGUGCUAUAUUUAAACCUACUGUAGCUAUUUUGCCAUUGUAGUGAACUCUUUGACCCACUGUUUUCAAGAAACAUUAGCCUACAAGUGAUUCAAUGGUGCUUUUUGACUCCAGUAAGGGCAUGUAACUGUUUAUUAUUAAAUUAUGCUCUCAAAACAUAUAGUAAAAACUGCAGUAGCAGAUACAAAUGAACCAUUUUGAGAAAGGAGAUCAUAAUUACGUCAGAACGUAACAAAAUUUGAAGGUGCUUUAUUUAUUUAUCAAACUGGUCUUUUUAGCAUUGGUAACCAUCCUUACAGAAAAUGAAGAUCCCUUCUGUGCACUACUCUAAUUGUCUCCAUCUCCUUAAUGGUAUACACAUUAUUCGGUGUCAUUUUAAACUAUCAUUCAAUGUAAUAUUUUCACUUUGUUAUUGUUGAGCUUCAUGGUACCACUAAAUUAACAAUGGUGCUUUCAAGUACAACAUUAUUAGAUUUUUUUAAGGAAGACGUUCUAAUUUAUUUACAAAUAUCUUGCAAAUUUGUUCAAAUGUUUGCCUUUUGCAAAAAAAAAUGCACAGUUUAAAAUAAUCAGAAUUGUUGAAGUAUCUUGGUUGGUUUAAACUUUAUGCAAUUCUGUGCAGUAAUACUGUAAACAUUUUUCACCCAGCUGUGAGAAAAUAUUUAUGUUUUU